AAUUUGAUUGCUCUCGGGUAUGACUUGACGAGAACCAGCCACAGGACUCGAAUUUCAACUCUCAGAUGCAUGGCGACCUGAGGCUUUCCUGUUGCAGUUUUUUACUUUUUUGUGUCCCCGUUGACUUACCAAGCUGCCAAAAGUCAUGAAGAGAUUGUUUUAGUUCAAAAAUCAGUUUGUCGCGCGACAUCGUCGCGAUGAACUAGAAUCCUGCCCUACUCAUCAUCUGGCACCACAUUUGAAUCAGAUCAUGAUCCUUCCACUGCGUGGAGAAAUGUGACGUGGUGAGGUAGCUGCCAGUAAGUUCGGUAAGCUUCAUCGUUCUUCGACGCAGAUGUAUGCUAACUCUUCGGAAACACAUAUCAUGCCAACCCUGCGUUACGUCAGUGUUUUCUCCAUCAGGAAGUCUUUUUGCCUCUGGCUAAUCCUAACCGACACCUCAGCAGCGCGCACAACACAUCCCUGAGAAGGUCGUGCGUGUCCCGACGCUGCUCGGAGUCCGUCCCGUUUGUUUCUGGUGCACACUGUGUUGUGCCUGAGGGGUUGACUGCCUCACUGCAGAACAACACACCUUUUUCCAGGUCUAAAUAUCUUCAAGUUGACCAGUUCCGCUUCGCGGGCCCUCGUGUGUGUCCAUCAUGAGCGGCUGCCAGCAAAACGACUGGCAGCGAAGGAAGUACAUUCUUGGUGCACACGGUCUCUCUCAUUGUCGCUCAUGGAAGCAAGACUUCGUGGACAGCCGCGUGCUGAAGCCCAGCGUCGUCGGAGAGAAAUGUGAUCGAGAUUGGGUUCGCGUUCUCGUACUCCAGCCAGUAGAUAUCAAGACGAAAUUUGUGCAAGUUCCGGUGGUGAAGAAAGUUGACAGAUUCGUUCCUAAAGUCACCUACGAAGAGAAACUCGUCGAAGUCCCACGGCUGAUCCAUAAGACAGUAGAGAAGUUCGUCGAAAAGCCAUAUAUCAACGAAUCCCGAUUCCAGUCUACAUUGGAGAAAUCCACAUGCAAGAUGCGCUGCGGCUGCUGCGCGGCGCUGCAUCCAACGUAG